GACUUGGCGUACGCCACUAGCAGCACACCUGCUUGCCGUUUGCUCCACCUCGCGUAUACCCAACCGUCGCCGAGCUUCGACCGCCGCUGUCUUCGCGGCUCGAAAAGCCACAUGGGGCUCGUUUGCUUUUUGAAGAUCAUGUUCACUGACUCUCACAACGUUGGGGAUCGACUUGUGGAGCCUGAUGCGGCUUUUGAGAUACGCGAGGCAAGAAUACAAUCAUUUUAUUUAGCUAACAACACAUACUUUCAUGUAUUAUCACAACGGCGUACAAACGUGCCGCUGUUCAUCACAUGUCAUUUGAGCACUGGCCUAAUUGUCGCUAACAGGCAAGACCGCGGAAUUCAGGAGCUAAACAGCUUAGAAACAGCCAAAUCUUCGACUAAUAUUCCAUACCACCAUACCACCAUACCAUCAUGCCGUAGUGAUGUGUGGAACGCGUGCCCUAGCACACGGUCCGUGGUAACCUUGAAAAUUCAGCCGCUUGUUGAGCACCUCGAGCAACUUCUCGGUACGAUUGCAAUCUCGCCAUUCUCAAGCUAAGCAGCCCUCUCAUUGUGUUGAGCACCCGGAAAAAUUGAAACGGCCUAGGAGCCAUGCCUCCGACACUAUCAAGCCACUUUCGAAGCAUUCUGUAGGUCAUCGUCAUAGAUUGGUA